GGGACACGGGCGGCGGCACCACCGGGACCGACACCCCCGGGACCCCCACCCGGGAACGACACCCCCCCCGGGGACUCGAACCCCGACCCGGGACCGACACCCCCGGGACCCCCACCCGGGAACGACACCCCCCCCGGGACUCGAACCCCGACCCGGGACCGACACCCCCCGGGACCGACACUCCGGGAUCGGCAGCACCGGGGACUCGAACCCGCACCGGGGACUCGAACCCGCACCUGGGACCGACACCCCCGGGACCCCUGGGAUCGGCAGCACCGGGGACUCGAACCCCAAGCUGACACCGACAAACCGCGGGACCCCGGGGACCGACGCCCCGAGAUCGGCAGCGCCGGGGACUCGAACCCCAACCCAGGACCAGCACCCACUGGUGACCAGUAGCCCCCAGUGCCCGGCACCCACUGGUGACGAGUCCCCGCCAUGGCCGAGGCCGACGGUGAGGACGAUGUGCAGUUCCUGCGGACGGAGGACGAGGUGGUCCUGCAGUGCACCACCACGCUGCUGAAGGAGCAGCUCAAGCUGUGUCUGGCGGCCGAGGGCUUCGGGAACCGGCUCUGCUCGCUGGAGCCCACGUCCAACGCGCAGAACGUCCCCCCCGACCUGGCCGUGUGCUGUUUCAUGCUGGAGCAGUCGCUGUCGGUGCGGGCGCUGCAGGAGAUGUUGGCCAACAGCGCCGAGACGGGGGCCGAGGGGCUUGACCUGGACAAGUGGUCGUCGCAGGGGGGGGGACACCGGACGCUGCUCUACGGCCACGCGAUCCUCCUGCGGCACUGCCACAGCGGCAUGUACCUGAGCUGUCUCACCACGUCCCGCUCGGUCACCGACAAACUGGCCUUUGACGUGGGGCUGCAGAAGGACGCGGCCGGCGAGGCGUGCUGGUGGACCAUGCACCCCGCGUCCAAGCAGCGCUCGGAGGGGGAGAAGGUUCGAGUGGGGGACGAUCUGAUCCUGGUCAGCGUGUCCUCCGAGCGCUACCUGCACCUGUCCACGGCCAGCGGGGAGCUGCAGGCUGACGCCUCCUUCAUGCAAACGCUCUGGAACAUGAACCCCGUGUGCUCGGGCGGCGAGGAAGGCUACGUGACCGGUGGCCACGUCAUGCGCCUGUUCCACGGCCACAUGGACGAGUGUCUGACCACGUCGGCCCCCGAGCAGGGGGAGGAGCGCAGCAGCGUGGUGAACUACGAGGGAGGCGCCGUCUGCACCCACGCGCGGUCCCUGUGGCGCCUGGAGCCGCUGCGCAUCAGCUGGAGCGGCAGCCACCUGAAGUGGGGCCAGGCGUUCCGGCUGCGCCACGUCACCACGGGCCGGUACCUGGCGCUGACCGAGGACCGCGGGCUGGCCGUGGUGGAGGCGGCGGCCGCGCACACCCGCGCCGCGGCGUUCUGCUUCCGCGCCUCCAAGGAGAAGCUGGAGGUGGUGGCCAAGCGGGACGUGGAGGGGAUGGGGACCCCCGAGAUCAAGUACGGGGAGUCGCUGUGCUUCGUGCAGCACGUGGCCAGCGCGCUCUGGCUCACGUACGCGGCGGCCGACACCAAGGCCAUGCGCCUCGGGGUGCUCAAGAGGAAGGCCAUCCUGCACCAGGAAGGACACAUGGACGACGCUCUGUCCCUCACCCGCUCCCAGCGCCAGGAGUCACAGGCGGCGCGGAUGGUUUACAGCACGGGGGGGCUCUACGGGCACUUCAUCAGGAGCCUGGACAACCUGAGCGGGCGGGGCAGGGGGGGCGGCCCCCCCCCCGCGCUCCCCAUCGCCGCCAUGAUCCUGAGCCUGCAGGACCUGAUCGCCUAUUUCCAGCCCCCCCCGGACGAGCUGCAGCACGACCAGCGCCAGAGCUGGUUACGGGCGCUGCGGGGCCGCCAGAACCUCUUCCAGCAGGAGGGGAUGGUGACGCUGGUGCUGAACUGCAUCGACCGGCUGAACGUGUACAGCACGGCCGCGCACUUCGCCGAGUUCGCCGGGGAGGAGGCGGCCGGCAGCUGGAAGAAGAUCGUGAACCUGCUCUACGAGCUGCUGGCCUCGCUGAUCCGGGGGAACCGCGCCAACUGCGCCCUGUUCUCCACCAACCUGGACUGGCUGGUCAGCAAACUGGACAGACUGGAGGCGUCCUCGGGCAUCCUGGAGGUCCUUUACUGCGUCCUGAUCGAGAGCCCCGAGGUGCUGAACAUCAUCCAGGAGAACCACAUCAAGUCCAUCAUCUCCCUCCUGGACAAGCACGGCCGCAACCACAAGGUGCUGGACGUGCUCUGCUCGCUGUGCGUCUGCAACGCCGUGGCCGUUCGCUCCAACCAGAACCUCAUCACCGAGAACCUGCUGCCGCGCAGGGACCUGCUGCUGCAGACCGGGCUGGUCAACUACGUCACCAGUGUGCGCCCCAACAUCUUUGUGGGCACGCACCCCGGCUCCACGCAGUACGGGCGCUGGUACUUCGAGGUGGCGGUGGAGGCGGCCGAGCCCUUUGUCACCCCCCAGGCCACCCACCUGCGCGUGGGCUGGGCCGCGCUGGGGGGGUACAGCCCCUACCCGGGGGGGGGCACGGGCUGGGGGGGCAACGGCGCCGGCGACGACCUGAGCUCCUUCGCCUUCGACGGGCUGCACCUCUGGACAGGGGGCGUGGCCCGGCCCGUCGGCUCCGCCCCCCGGCGCGCGCUGGCGGCGGGUGACGUGGUGAGCUGCUGCCUGGACCUGGGGGUGCCCAGCGCCUCCUUCCGCCUCAACGGGGCCCCCGUGCAGGGGGUGCUGGAGUGCUUCAACCUGGACACGCUCUUCUCGCCCGUCGCCAGCUUCUCGGCGGGGGUCCGGCUCCGGUUCCUGCUGGGGGGCCGCCACGGGGAGUUCCAGUUCGUGCCCCCCCCCGGGUACUCGCCGUGUGCCGAGGGGCUGCUGCCCCGCGAGCGCCUGCGCCUGGAGCCCAUCAAGGCGUAUCGGGGGGAGCGCGCCCCCCCCGGCUCGCGCAGCCUGCUGGGGCCGCCCUACACGCUGCCCCACACCGCGCUCACCCCCUGCCCCGUGGACACCGUGCAGAUCGUGCUGCCCCCCCACCUGGAGCGCAUCCGCGAGAAGCUGGCGGAGAACAUCCACGAGCUGUGGGCGCAGACGCGCAUCGAGCAGGGCUGGACCUACGGGCCCGUCCGUGACGACAACCGCCGCCUGCACCCCUGUCUGCUGAGCUUCCACGACCUGCCCGAGCCUGAGCGCGGCUACAACCUGCAGAUGUCGGGGGAGACCCUCAAGACCCUGCUGGCGCUGGGCUGCCACGUGGGGAUGGCGGAUGAGAAGGCUGAGGAGAACCUCAAGAAGAUCAAGCUCCCCAAAUCGUACACCAUGUCCAACGGGUACAAGCCGGCGCCGCUGGACCUGGCGCACGUGCGGCUGACCCCGGCGCAGCUCACGCUGGUCGAUCGCCUGGCCGAGAACGGGCACAACGUGUGGGCCCGCGACCGCGUCCAGCAGGGCUGGACCUACAGCACCGUGCAGGACAUCAAGAACAAGCGCAACCCCCGCCUGGUCCCGUACCACCUGCUGGACGAGCGCACCAAGAAGACGAACCGGGACAGCCUGUGCCAGGCGGUGCGGACCCUGCUGGGCUACGGCUUCAACAUCGAGCCCCCCGACCAGGAGAGCUCGUCGCAGAGCGCCCCCCGCGGCGGGGUGGACCGCUGGCGGGUGUUCCGGGCCGAGCGCGGGUACGCGGCGCGUGCCGGGAAGUGGUACUUCGAGUUCGAGGCCGUGACCACGGGGGACAUGCGCGUGGGGUGGGCGCGGCCGCAGCUGCGCCCCGACGUGGAGCUGGGAGCUGACGACAUGGCCUACGUGUUCAACGGGCACCGCGCGCAGCGCUGGCACGUGGGCAGCGAGCCGUUCGGGCGGCCGUGGCAGGCGGGGGAUGUCGUGGGCUGCCUCAUCGACCUGGGCGAGUGCCACAUGAGCUUCACGCUCAACGGGGAGAUGCUCAUCAGCGACGCGGGCUCCGAGGUGGCCUUCCGGGACUUCGACGUGGGCGACGGCUUCGUGCCCGUGUGCAGCGUGGGGCAGGAGCAGGAGGGGCGGCUGAACCUGGGCCAGGACGUGGGCACGCUGCGCUUCUUCAGCAUCUGCGGGCUGCAGGAGGGCUUCGAGCCCUUCGCCGUCAACAUGAAGCGCCCCAUCGCCCUCUGGUUCACCAAGAGCCUCCCCCAGUUCGAGACCGUGCCCCCCGACCACCCCCAGCUCGAGGUGACGCGCAUGGAUGGGACGGUGGACACCCCCCCCUGCCUGCGCCUGAGCCACCGGCCCUCGGGCUCCCCGGCCGCCCCCCCCGAGCUGCUGUUCCUGCGCCUCAGCCUCCCUGUGCAGUUCCACCCGCGCUUCCGCUGCACCCCCGGGGCCACCCCCCUGCCCCAGACCCCCCCCGAGCCCCCCGAGGAUGCCGGAGCUGACCCCCUGUCGGAGUUUGAGCGGCUGCGGCGCUCGGCGGGUCCCCGGCACCCCGAGGGCGACGGCGAUGGCGACAAAGCACCGGGGGGGGCCCCGCUGCCGCGCCCCCCCCGCGAGCAGGCCCCCCCCGAGAACGAGAAGGACGCGGCCACCGAGAAGGGCAAGACCCGCCGGGGGUUCCUGUUCAAGGCCAGGAAGACAGCGUUGCGCCCCCCCCCCGCCGUGCCCAGCGUCCCCCGCCUCGAGGAGGACGUUGUCCCCGACGAGCGCGACGACCCCGAGGUCAUCAUGAACACCACCACGUACUACUACUCGGUGCGGAUCUUCGCGGGGCAGGAGCCCUCGAGCGUCUGGGUGGGCUGGGUGACCCCCGACUUCCACCAGCACGACCCGGCCUUCGAGCUGUCCCGCGUGCGCACCGUCACCGUCACCAUGGGCGACGACAGGGGCAAUGUCCACGACAGCAUCAAGCGGAGCAACUGCUACAUGGUGUGGGGGGGCGAGUUUGCCAGCACGGGGCAGCAGGCGCGCGUGAGCCACAGCGACCUGGUCAUCGGCUGCCUGGUAGACCUGGCCACCGGGCUCAUGACCUUCACCGCCAAUGGCAAGGAGAUCAACACCUUCUUCCAGGUGGAACCCAACACCAAGCUAUUCCCGGCUGUCUUCGCCCUCCCCACCAGCCAGAACGUCAUCCAGUUUGAGUUGGGCAAGCUCAAGAACAUCAUGCCCAUCUCAGCCGCCAUGUUCAGCAGCGAGCGGAAGAACCCGGAGCCGCAGUGCCCGCCGCGCUUGGCCAUCCAGGCGCUGACGCCCGUCACCUGGAGCCGCAUGCCCAACGAGUUCCUGGCCGUGGAGACCACGCGGCUGGGCGAGCGCCAGGGCUGGGGCGUCGAGUGCACGCAGCCCCUGGUCAUGAUGGCCCUGCACAUCCCCGAGGAGAACAGGUGCCUGGACAUCCUGGAGCUGUCGGAGCGGCAGGACCUGCUCCGUUUCCAGUGGCACACGCUCAAGCUGUACUGCGCCGUGUGCGCGCUGGGCAACAACCGCGUGGCGCACGCGCUCUGCAGCCACGUGGACCAGGCGCAGCUGCUCUUCGCCAUCGAGAGCGCCGAGCUGCCGGGGCCGCUGCGGGCCGGCUACUACGACCUGCUGCUGGCCAUGCACCUGGACGCGGCGCAGCGCGCCCGCGCCUCCAUGAGCGCUGAGUUCAUCAUCCCCAUGACCGACGCCACCAAGGCCAUCACGCUGUUCCCCGGUGGUGGCCGCGCGCCGGGACCCCCCGGCGUGGGGCCGAGCGCUUGCUUGAGACCCCAGCCCCAUUUCGCCGAGCCCUGUUUCGUCCUGGCGGCCGGCGCCGGGCGGGCGCCGCUCAGCCCCGGCAUCCCAUUGGGGAUGCUGGGGACCAGGGCCAUCAGGAUGCUGGCGGAGGCGGUGGCCGGGGGGGGCCCCCACGCGCGGGACCCCGUGGGGGGCAGCGUGGAGUUCCAGCUGGUGCCGGUGCUCAAGCUGGUGUCGGCGCUGCUGGCCGUGGGCGCGCUGGGCGACGCCGACGUGCGGCGCGUCCUGAGGAUGAUCGAGCCCAGGCUGUUCGGGGACGCGCGCAGGGAGCCCCCGGCGCAGGGCGAGGAGGAGGAGGAGGAGGAGGAGGAGGAGGCGAGGAGGAAGGCCAUCGAGGCGGGGGAGAUGGAGGAGGAGGAGAGGGAGAGGAAGGAGGAGGAGGAGGAGGAGGACGGGCUGGAGGAGGGGCUGCUGCAGAUGAAGCUGCCCGAGUCGGUCAAGCUGGAGAUGUGCAACCUGCUGCAGUACUUCUGCGAGCGGGAGCUGCAGCACCGCGUGGAGGCCAUCGUGGCCUUCUCGGAGCGGCACGUGGAGCGGCUGCAGCGCGACCAGCGGCGCCGCUACGGCCAGCUCAUGCGCGCCAUGACCAUGUCGGCCGCCGAGACCGCCCGGCGCACCCGCGAGUUCCGCUCGCCCCCCCAGGAGCAGGUCAACAUGCUGCUGCAGUACAAGGGGGGUGCGGACGAGGAGGACUGUCCCGUCCCCGAGGACAUUCGUGACGAGCUGCUCGACUUCCACAACGACCUGCUGGCCCAUUGCGGCAUCGAGCUGGUGACCGAGGAGGAGGAGGAGGAGGAAGAGGCGUCGCUGCGGCAGCGGCUGCUGGGGCUGGUGCAGAAGGUGCUGGGGCUGCGUGGGCCCCCCCCGGCACCCGAGGAGACCCCAUCCGAGGAGCCACCUGCACCCAGCUCGCUGCAGGAGCUGAUCUCGCAGACCAUGGUGCACUGGGCGCAGGAGUCGUUCAUCCAGAGCCCCGAGCUGGUGCGCGCCAUGUUCAGCCUGUUGCACCGGCAGUACGACGGGCUGGGCGAGCUGUGCCGCGCGCUGCCCAAGGCCUACAGCAUCAGCGCCCGCUCCGUGCCCGACACGCAGGCGCUGCUGCAGUGCCUGGGCCAGAUCCGCUCGCUGCUCAUCGUGCAGAUGGGCCCCGAGGAGGAGAUGCUCAUGAUCCAGAGCAUCGGGAACAUCAUGAACAACAGGGUUUUCUACCAGCACCCCAACCUGAUGCGGGCGCUGGGGAUGCACGAGACCGUCAUGCAGGUCAUGGUCAGCGUGCUGGGGGGCGGCGAAUCCAAGGAGAUCCGGUUCCCCAAGAUGGUGACCAACUGCUGCCGCUUCCUCUGCUACUUCUGCCGCAUCAGCCGCCAGAACCAGCGGGCGAUGUUCGACCACCUGGGCUACCUGCUGGAGAACAGCAGCAUCGGCCUGGGCAUGAGGGGCUCGACCCCCCUGGACGUGGCGGCCGCGUCCGUGAUCGACAACAACGAGCUGGCGCUGGCGCUGAAGGAGCAGGACCUGGAGAAGGUGGUGACGUACCUGGCGAGCUGCGGGCUGCAGAGCUGCCCCAUGCUGCUGGCCAAGGGCUACCCCGACAUCGGCUGGAACCCCUGCGGGGGCGAGCGCUACCUCGACUUCCUGCGCUUCGCCGUCUUCGUCAACGGGGAGAGCGUGGAGGAGAACGCCAACGUGGUGGUGCGGCUGCUGAUCCGGCGGCCCGAGUGCUUCGGGCCCGCGCUGCGCGGCGAGGGCGGCUCGGGGCUCCUGGCCGCCAUCCAGGACGCCAUCGCCAUCGCGCAGGACCCGGCCCGGGACGGACCCAGCGGGCGGCGGGAGCGCCGGCGGGAGCCAUUCGGACCCGAGGAGCCCCCCGAGGAGACCCGUGUGCACCUGGGCAACGCUAUCAUGUCCUUCUAUGCCGCCCUCAUCGACCUGCUGGGCCGCUGCGCCCCCGAGAUGCACCUGAUCCAGGCCGGGAAGGGGGAGGCGCUGCGGAUCCGCGCCAUCCUGCGCUCGCUGGUGCCGCUGGAGGACCUGGUGGGGGUCAUCAGCCUCCCCCUGCAGAUCCCCGCCCUCGGGAAAGACGGCAGUGUGCUGGAGCCACGCAUGGCCGCCAGCUUCGUCCCUGAGCACAAGGCGCCCAUGGUCCUGUUCCUGGACCGCGUGUACGGGGUGGAGAGCCAGGAGUUCCUGCUGCGGGUGCUGGAGGUGGGCUUCCUGCCCGACAUGCGGGCGGCCGCCUCGCUGGACACGGCCACGUUCAGCACGACGGAGAUGGCGCUGGCGCUGAACCGGUACCUGUGCCAGGCGGUGCUGCCGCUGGUCACCAAGUGCGCGCCGCUGUUCGCCGGCACCGAGCACCGCGCCAUCAUGGUGGACUCCAUGCUGCACACCGUGUACCGGCUGUCCCGCGGCCGCGCGCUCACCAAGGCCCAGCGCGACGUCAUCGAGGAGUGCCUCAUGGCCCUGUGCCGGUCCAUCCGUCCGUCCAUGCUGCAGCACCUCCUGCGCCGCCUGGUCUUUGACGUCCCCAUCCUCAACGAGUUCGCCAAGAUGCCCCUCAAGCUGCUGACCAACCACUACGAGCGGUGCUGGAAGUACUACUGCCUGCCCAGCGGCUGGCCCAACCAGGGCGUCAGCUCCGAGGAGGAGCUGCACCUCACCCGCAAGCUCUUCUGGGGCAUCUUCGAGUCCCUGGCGCACAAGCGCUUCGACGCGGAGCUGUACAAGCUGGCCAUGCCGUGUCUCUGCGCCAUCGCGGGCGCGCUGCCCCCCGACUACGUGGACGCCAGUUACUCCUCCAAGACGGAGAAGAAGGCGUCGGUGGACGCCGAGGGCAACUUCGACCCCAAACCCGUCGAGACCCUCAACGUCAUCAUCCCCGAGAAGCUGGACGGGUUCAUCAACAAGUACGCCGAGUACACCCACGAGAAGUGGGCGUUCGACAAGAUCCAGAACAACUGGUCCUUUGGGGAGACGGUGGAUGAAGAAGCCAAGACCCACCCCAUGCUGCGCCCAUACAAGACCUUCUCCGAGAAGGACAAGGAGAUCUACCGGUGGCCCAUCAAGGAGUCGCUGAAGGCCAUGCUGGCCUGGGAGUGGACGGUGGAGAAGGCCCGCGAGGGGGAGGAGGACAAAGCCGAGAAGAAGAAGACCAGGAAGAUCUCCCAGUCUGCACAGGCCACCUAUGACCCCAGCCAUGGCUACAGCCCCCAGCCCGUGGACCUGUCGGGGGUGACGCUGUCCCGGGAGCUGCAGGCCAUGGCGGAGCAGUUGGCCGAGAACUAUCACAACACCUGGGGCCGCAAGAAGAAGCAGGAGCUGGAGGCCAAGGGGGGGGGCUCGCACCCCCUGCUGGUCCCGUACGACACGCUGACGGCCAAGGAGAAGGCGCGGGACCGCGAGAAGGCGCAGGAGCUGCUCAAGUUCCUGCAGCUGCAGGGCUACGCCGUCACCCGGGGGCUGAAGGACAUGGAGCUGGACACGUCGUCCAUCGAGAAGCGUUUCGCCUACGGGUUCCUGCAGCAGCUGCUCAAGUGGAUGGACAUCUCGCAGGAGUUCAUCGCGCACCUGGAGGCCGUGGUGAGCAGCGGGCGGGUGGAGAAAUCCCCCCACGAGCAGGAGAUCAAGUUCUUCGCCAAGAUCCUGCUGCCCCUCAUCAACCAGUACUUCCACAACCACUGCCUGUAUUUCCUGUCCACCCCCGCGCGGGUGCUGGGCAGCGGGGGCCACGCGUCCAACCGCGAGAAGGAGAUGGUCACCAGCCUGUUCUGCAAACUGGCCGCCCUGGUCCGGCACCGCGUCUCGCUCUUCGGGACCGACGCGCCGGCCGUGGUGAACUGUCUGCACAUCCUGGCGCGGUCACUGGACGCCAAGACGGUGAUGAAGUCGGGCCCCGAGAUCGUGAAGGCCGGGCUGCGCUCGUUCUUCGAGGGCGCGUCCGAGGACAUUGAGAAGAUGGUGGAGAACCUGCGGCUGGGGAAGGUGACGCAGAGCCGGACGCAGGUCAAGGGGGUGGCGCAGAACCUCAGCUACACCACGGUGGCGCUGCUGCCCGUGCUCACCUCGCUGUUCCAGCACCUGGCGCAGCACCGCUUCGGCGACGACGUCAUCCUGGACGACGUGCAGGUCUCGUGCUACCGCAUCCUCAGCAGCAUCUACUCGCUGGGCACCACCCGCAACCCCUACGUGGAGAGGCAGCGCCCCGCCCUGGGGGAGUGCUUGGCCCGUCUCGCCGCCGCCUUCCCGGUCGCGUUCCUGGAGCCGCAGCUGAACGAAUUCAACCCCUGCUCGGUCUACAGCACCAAGAGCCCCCGCGAGCGCGCCAUCCUGGGGCUGCCCCCCCGCGUGCAGGACAUGUGUCCCGACGUGCCGGACCUGGCGCGGCUCAUGCGGGACAUCGGGGGGCUGGCGGAGUCGGGCGCGCGCUACACGGAGAUGCCGCACGUCAUCGAGGUGACGCUGCCCAUGCUCUGCAACUACCUGCCCCGCUGGUGGGAGCGCGGCCCCGACACCGUCCCCCGCGGGCCCUGGGCCACCGGCGUCACCGGCCACCACCUCAACGCGCUGCUGGGCAACAUCCUGCGCAUCCUGGUCAACAACCUGGGCAUCGACGAGGCCUCCUGGAUGAAGCGCCUGGCAGUGUUCGCGCAGCCCAUCGUGAGCCGUGCGCGGCCGGAGCUGCUGCGCUCGCACUUCAUCCCCACGCUGGAGAAGCUGAAGAAGCGUGCGGGGAAGGUGGUGGCCGAGGAGGAGCAGCUGCGCAUGGAGGCCAAGGCCGAGGGCGAGGAGGCCGAGCUGCUCAUCCGCGACGAGUUCGCCGUGCUCUGCAGGGACCUCUACGCGCUCUACCCGCUGCUCAUCCGCUACGUGGACAACAGCCGGGCCAAGUGGCUGACGGAGCCCAACGAGGACGCGGAGGAGCUGUUCCGCAUGGUGGGCGAGGUCUUCAUCUACUGGUCCAAGUCCCAUAACUUCAAGCGCGAGGAGCAGAACUUCGUGGUGCAGAAUGAGAUCAACAACAUGUCGUUCCUGACGGCCGACAGCAAGAGCAAGAUGGCCAAGUCCGGAGACGGCCAGGGGGGGGGCUCGGAGCAGGAGCGCACCAAGAAGAAGCGGCGGGGGGACCGGUACUCGGUGCAGACGUCGCUCAUCGUGGCCACCCUGAAGAAGAUGCUGCCCGUGGGGCUCAACAUGUGCUCGCCCAGCGACCAGGAGCUCAUCAGCCUGGCCAAGGGCCGCUACGCCCUGAAGGACACGGACGAAGAGGUGCGGGAGUUCCUCAACAACAACCUGCACCUGCAGGGCAAGUGCGAGAACAGCUCGUCGCUGCGCUGGCAGCUGGCUCUGUACCGCGCCAUGGCCGGCAGGGCCGAGGACUCGGACAGCCCCGACAAGGUCGUGCGCAGGGUGCAGGAGGUGUCGGCCGUGCUCUAUCACCUCGAGCAGACGGAGCACCCCUACAAGUCCAAGAAGGCCGUGUGGCACAAGCUGCUGUCCAAGCAGCGCCGCCGCGCCGUGGUCGCCUGCUUCCGCAUGACGCCGCUCUACAACCUGCCCAGGCACCGCGCCUGUAACAUGUUCCUGGAGGGGUACAAGCUGUCCUGGCUGCUCCCCGAGGAGCAUCCCUUUGAGGAUCGCAUGAUCGACGACCUCUCGAAGCCCGGGGCGGAGGAGGAGGAGGAGGAGGAAGAGCAGGACAAGAAGCCGGACCCGCUGCACCAGCUCAUCCUGCACUUCAGCCGCACGGCGCUGACCGAGAAGAGUAAGUUGGAGAAGGAUCACUUGUACAUGGCGUACGCCGGCAUCAUGGCCAAGAGCUGCCAUAUUGAGGAAGGGGAAGAGGAAGAGGAGAAGAAGGAGGACGAGAAGGAGGAGGAAGAAGCUGAGGGCUCGUUCGAGGAGAAGGAGAUGGAGAAGCAGAAGCUGCUGUACCAGCAGUCGCGGCUGCACACGCGGGGGGCGGCCGAGAUGGUGCUGCAGAUGAUCAGCGCCUGCAAGGGGGAGCGGGGGGAGAUGGUUUCCUCCACCCUCAAGUUGGGCAUCUCCAUCCUCAACGGGGGCAACGCCGAGGUGCAGCAGAAAAUGCUGGAUUACCUGAAGGAGAAGCGGGAGGUCGGGUUCUUCCAGAGCGUCCAGGCGCUGAUGCAGACCUGCAGUGUCCUGGACCUGAACGCCUUUGAGCGGCAGAACAAGGCGGAGGGGCUGGGGAUGGUGACGGAGGAGGGGACGAUCAUCAGCCGUGAGAAUGGGGAGAAGGUGAUGUCGGACGACGAGUUCACGCAGGAUCUGUUCCGGCUGCUGCAGCUGCUCUGCGAGGGGCACAACAACGAUUUCCAGAACUACCUGCGCACCCAGACGGGGAACACGACGACCAUCAACAUCAUCAUCUGCACCGUGGACUAUCUGCUGCGCCUGCAGGAGUCCAUCAGCGACUUCUACUGGUACUACUCGGGCAAGGACGUCAUCGACGAGCAGGGCAAGCGCAACUUCUCCAAGGCCAUGGCCGUGGCCAAGCAGGUCUUCAACAGCCUCACCGAGUACAUCCAGGGUCCCUGCACGGGGAACCAGCAGAGCCUGGCCCACAGUCGCCUCUGGGACGCCGUCGUCGGCUUCCUCCACGUCUUCGCCCAUAUGAUGAAGAAGCUGGCCCAGGACUCCAGCCAGAUCGAGCUCCUGAAGGAGCUGCUGGACCUGCAGAAGGACAUGGUGGUGAUGCUGCUGUCCCUGCUGGAAGGCAAUGUGGUGAACGGCACGAUCGCGCGCCAGAUGGUGGACAUGCUGGUGGAGUCCUCCAGCAACGUCACCAUGAUCCUCAAGUUCUUCGACAUGUUCCUGAAGCUGCGCGACAUCGUGUCGUCGGACGCGUUCCGCGACUACGUGUCGGACCCGCGGGGGCUCAUCUCCAAGAAGGACUUCCAGAAGGCCAUGGACAGCCAGAAGCAGUUCGAACCCGCCGAGAUCCAGUUCCUGCUCUCCUGCUCCGAGGCCGACGAGAACGAGAUGAUCGACGUGGAGGCGUUCGCCGGGCGCUUCCAGGAGCCGGCGCGCGACAUCGGCUUCAACGUGGCCGUGCUGCUCACCAACCUGGCGGAGCACGUCCCGCACGACCAGCGGCUCCGCACCUUCCUGGAGCAGGCCGAGAGCAUCCUGGAGUACUUCCGGCCUUUCUUGGGGCGCAUCGAGAUCAUGGGGGCGGCGCGGCGCAUCGAGCGCCUCUACUUCGAGAUCAGCGCCGCCAACAAGGCGCAGUGGGAGAUGCCGCAGGUCAAGGAGUCCAAGCGCCAGUUCAUCUUCGACGUGGUGAACGAGGGCGGCGAGGCCGAGAAGAUGGAGCUCUUUGUCAACUUCUGCGAGGACACCAUCUUCGAGAUGCAGAUCGCGUCGCGGCUGUCGGAGGAGGAGCCGCCACACGACGAGGACGAGGACGAGGAGCCGGACGAGGAGGACGAAGGCCCCGACGCCCCCGCCCCCCCCACCGAGCCCGCCUCGGCCUUUGGGGAGCUGCUGGCGGGGGCCGGGGGGCUGCGGCGCCUCCUGGGGUCCCCCCAGGCGUGGAAGCGGCGGCUGCGGCGGCUGCGGCGGCGGCCGGGCCGGGAGCUGGCGCGGGCGGCGGGGGCGGCGGCAGGCCGGGCGCUGCUGGGGGCGUUGCUGGGGGGCUGGGGGGCGCUGGGCGCCGUGGGGCGGCUGGCGUGGGUGUCGCUGUUCGGCGGGGGGCUGGUGGAGGGGGCGCAGCGGCUGGCGCUGGCCGAGCUGCUGGCCAGCAUGCCCGACCCCACGCAGGACGCCGUGGGGGGCGGCGAGGCCGGGGGAGGCGGGGCGGGGGGUGACGAAGGGGGGCCCCAAGAGCCCGGACCCCCGCCUGAGCCCCACGAGCCGCAGCCCCCCGAAGAGGAGGAGGAGGAGGAGGCGGCGGCGGCGGCCCCCACGGUUUUUCGGGGCGCGCAAGGAGCCCGGGCACUAUAGGCCGGCGGCCCCGAUGCGCCGGGGGGGCUGGGGGAUAUCGGGGAGCCCCCCGGCGCUGAGCCCCCCACCCCCGAGGGAACCCCCAUCCUCCGCAGGAAGAUUGGGGAGGACGGGGAGGAGGUGGAGGAGGCGCCGAAGGACGAGGAGCCGGGGGGGGAGCCCGAGAAAGCCGACACGGAGAACGGGGAGAAGGCCGGGGCGGAGGCGGCCGAGGGGGGGCCGGAGCACGGGCCCCCCCCGAAGCGCAGGAAGUCGGUGCCGCGGGAGCGCAAGGAGCCGCCGGCAGAGGGGGCGUUCGAGUUCUGGGCAGAGCUGGAGGUCCAGAGGGUCAAGUUCCUGAACUACCUGUCCAGGAACUUCUACAACCUGCGGUUCCUGGCGCUCUUCCUCGCCUUCGCCAUCAACUUCAUCCUCCUCUUCUACCGGGUAUCCGAGCACCCCCCGGGCGCCGAGGAGGAGGAGCUGGAGGGCUCGGGGGCGGCGGGCGAGGCCGAGGGCUCCGGGGGGGCCGAGGCGGGGGGGCCCGGCGAGGACAGCGUGGUCUAUUACUUCCUGGAGGAGAGCACAGGCUACAUGCAGCCGGCGCUGCAGGGGCUGGCGCUGGCGCACACGCUGGUGGCCUUCCUGUGCAUCAUCGGCUACAACUGCCUCAAGAUCCCGCUGGUGAUCUUCAAGCGGGAGAAGGAGCUGGCGCGGAGCCUGGAGUUCUCGGGGCUCUACAUCACCGAGCAGCCCCCCGACGACGAUGUGAAGGGGCAGUGGGACCGGCUGGUGCUCAACGCCCAGUCCUUCCCCAGCAACUACUGGGACAAGUUCGUCAAGAGGAAGGUGCUGGAGAAAUACGGGGACAUCUAUGGGCGCGAGCGCAUCGCGGAGCUGCUGGGGAUGGAACUGGCCAGCCUGGAAAUCGGGGCGCAGGGGGAGCGGAAACCCCCCCCCGACAGCUCCCUGCUCACCUGGAUCACAUCCAUCGACAUCAGGUACCAGAUCUGGAAGUUCGGGGUCAUCUUCACCGAUAAUUCCUUCCUCUACCUCACCUGGUACAUGGCCAUGUCCCUCCUGGGCCACUACAACAACUUCUUCUUCGCCUCCCACCUGCUGGACAUCGCCAUGGGGGUGAAGACCCUGCGCACCAUCCUCUCCUCCGUCACCCACAACGGCAAGCAGCUGGCCAUGACCGUGGGGCUGCUGGCCGUGGUGGUCUAUCUGUACACCGUGGUGGCCUUCAACUUCUUCCGCAAGUUCUACAACAAGAGCGAGGACGAGGACGAGCCCGACAUGAAGUGCGACGACAUGAUGACGUGUUACCUGUUCCACAUGUACGUGGGGGUGCGGGCCGGGGGGGGCAUCGGGGACGAGAUCGAGGACCCGGCGGGGGACGAGUACGAGUUGUACCGCGUGGUGUUCGACAUCACCUUCUUCUUCUUCGUCAUCGUCAUCCUGCUGGCCAUCAUCCAGGGUCUGAUCAUUGAUGCUUUUGGGGAGCUGCGGGACCAGCAGGAGCAGGUGAAGGAGGACAUGGAGACGAAAUGCUUCAUCUGCGGCAUCGGGAGCGACUAUUUCGACACGACCCCCCACGGGUUCGAGACCCACACGCUGGAGGAGCAUAACCUGGCCAAUUACAUGUUCUUCUUGAUGUAUCUGAUCAAUAAGGACGAGACGGAGCACACGGGGCAGGUGAGACCUGGGGGUCACGGGGGUUUGGGGGGGUCAGGUGGGGUUUCGGGGGGGGGGACUUCUCUCAGCAUCUCAACCUUCUCCAUCAAGGUCCCACUUCUGGACCUCUUCUAG